AUGGCGAACGGAGUCGCGGUCUCUGCUGACAAUGAGGUAUUUGUAACCACCACCAAAGGAGUCCAAGUCUUCAGUAUAAAUGGGAACUAUCUCCGCCUCUUUCAAACGGCACUGCCGGGUGAAAAUGUCUUUAUCGUGCCCUUUGAUGUUGCUAUUGGUAUACAGCCCGGCCACCUGUGGGUAGUGGGGGUUAUAUUGGAGUCCGGUGCGGAUGAGGGACAUGUGCAGGUUGUAAAGUACAGUAGAAGUGGUCAGGCCAUGAAAAAGUUCGACGUAGACCCCACGAAACCUUUUUACGAUCCUGUCAUUGCGAUAGACGUGCGCAACAAUAAAAUUAUAGUCGGACAGGGAAGUACAGUAAAGAUGUUUGAUCCAGACGGCUCUCUCUAUCGGAGUUUUAAAGCGUCAUCAGGUAGUGAGGGAGGUAUGAUCGGAGGAGUCAUAUCGGACAGUGAGGGAAAUAUACUGCUUACGCUUUUAAGGUCGUAUAAAGCUGUUGAGAUGUACAGUCACUCCGGAGUCAAGAUAUUUGAAUUUGCCGGACGGGGUGUGGGCCAACUGAAAUAUUUCAAAGGUAUUUGCCGGGACAAGUCGGGUAGCAUCAUCGUAGCAGACUAUAAUAACAACCGGGUAGACAUGUUCACAAACCGUGGGGAGUUUGUCCGUACCAUCGCGAACAUUGAAGACCCGUCUGGUAUCGCUAUGGGACCAGAUGGAGAGAUGGUGGUGACUAGUGCAGGGUCUCCAUCCACCGUAACUAUCUUUCCACGCCACAUGGUUCUUCCUUAA